GAGAGGAGCGUCUAAUGCCUUGGAAAUCGGUCUGUGCAGCAUGGCAGACUGCAUCAGUGUGCUGUGAGAGGGAAAGUGGAUGAAAAUCUCCAACUGGAAAGUAUUUAUGUUUACCUUCUCUUUGCUUGAGCUGGUGUUUUCUCUUAAACUUGGGGUGAUGUCCCAGUGCUGGUGCAGGCAGGUCCUGCUCGGUGUGGAACUGGCCAUGCUGGUGGUGGUCCUGGUGGCCGGCAGUGCAGGACAGAUCCAUAACAGGAGGGAGGCUGGUUCAUCCUGCUACGGAGGAUUUGACCUGUACUUUGUUUUGGACAAGUCUGGCAGUGUGCAACAUCACUGGAAUGAGAUAUAUUACUUUGUUGACCAUCUGGCUCACAAGUUUAUCAGUCCUCAGCUGCGGAUGUCUUUCAUUGUAUUUUCAACAGAAGGAAGGAUUCUCAUGGCACUAACAGAAGACAGAGAGCAGAUUCGGGCUGGACUUGAGGAGCUACGCAUGGUGCAACCAGGUGGAGACACCUUCAUGGACAAAGGUUUUCAAAGAGCCAGUGAGCAAAUAUACUACGGCACUGGAGAUGGUUACCGGACAGCCAGUGUCAUUAUUGCCCUGACGGAUGGUGAGCUGAGGGAAAAUCAGUUUGACCUGGCACAAAGAGAGGCCAGCCGAGCGCGCCAAUUGGGUGCCACUGUGUACUGUGUGGGAGUGAAAGACUUCAAUGAAACCCAGCUUUCAACGAUAGCUGACAGUACGGACCAUGUCUUCCCGGUGAAUGAUGGAUUUGAAGCACUACAAGGGGUCAUUGACUCGAUCCUGAAGAGAUCCUGCAUUGAGAUCCUGGCUGUAGAGCCCUCCAGCAUCUGUGAAGGAGAAUCGUUCCAGGUGGUAAUCAAAGGAAAUGGUUUCCUUCAUGCCCGAGACGUAGAGAAAGUUCUCUGCAGCUUUCGCAUCAAUGACACAAUUACUUUGAUGAAAAGACCUUUGGUGGUGAGAGAUACCUACCUUUUGUGCCCAGCUCCUGUUCUGGAAAAAGAGGGAACGUCUGCCACUCUCCACGUCAGCAUGAAUAAUGGCCUGAGCUUUAUAUCAAGCUCCGUCACAAUUACUGCAGUCACUUGUUCUGAUGGGACCUUUGUGGCCAUAGCUCUGCUCAUCCUGCUGCUCCUGCUCACCAUGCUUCUGCUGUGGUGGUUCUGGCCUCUCUGCUGCACCGUGGUAAUUUAUGAGCCACCUCCUCCAGUUAUAGAGGACAGCUCUGAUGAUGAGGACGGUUUUCCCAAGAAGAGGUGGCCCACAGUGGACGCUUCGUACUACGGAGGACGUGGAGUCGGAGGCAUCAAGAGAAUGGAGGUCCGAUGGGGAGAUAAAGGCUCAACUGAAGAAGGAGCCAAACUGGAAAAAGCUAAAAAUGCUCGAGUUGUGAUGCCUGCAGAGGAGUAUGAUCCACCACGGCCUUACUACAACAUGCACAAAUCUAUCCGCCCCCAGAAGUGGUACUCUCCCAUCAAGGGCAAAUUGGAUGCUUUGUGUGUAUUCCUGAGAAAAGGCUAUGACAGAGUGGCUGUGAUGCGACCUCACGCUGGAGACAAGGGCAAGUGCAUAAACUUUACCCGAAGCAAAUCCUACCCUGCUCCUCGUUAUCCAAUCUACAACAAUCCCUCCACGCCUGUCUACACUUUGCCCCACAGUUACCAGCGUCGUCCGUCAGAGGGCAGCCACAUCUUCCAUUUGCCCCCUUCGCCAACUUCCACGCUCCCCCCUCUACCGUCCACUCCUCCCCCGUCCUUCACCACCCCUCCCAUGUACACACCACCUCCAAACAGAGCCCUGCCCCCUUCUUACUUGAGCUCAGUCUCUGCACCCCUGUCUCCAACUGGCUCCCUACCUCCUCCCCCUCAGGGUCCACCCCCAUGCAGAGCGCCUCCUCCAUCACGCCCUCCUCCACACCCCAAUCAUGAGAGCCACUGAUGAUUAAAAAGCAAAUAGUUGAUGAGAAGGAUCCAAGCUCAGGAUGGAAACCUGAAAGGAUCCUCUCAGUGUGCCUCUGCCCAAACAGAGUGACUCUAUAAUGUUGCCUUUUGAGGCUGCAGCUGGUGAGUCAACUCCUGCACAGUCUGUUUUUCUCACGCAUGA